UUUGUUAUUGUAGAAUGUAGGUUUUUUUUUUUGCUCAAAGGGUCUUUACGCGCAACAACUCGGCCCGACUAAACUUCAUUGUGCAGUUAUUACCUGAGCGUCGGGGGAAAAUCGUCUCCUAAAAUCACUUUGCGCUUUUAUAAACUUAAAAUUUGCACUAUGUCUAAACGACUAUGGAUACUGCUCGAGUGGAUUACGGAAAACUACGCUUAUCCAGCGUAUUGCGUGGUCAAUGUUGAGAAAUUAUCAUAUCACAGAACGGAAAUCAGUCCGGGAAAAGAAAUAUUAGUAAGAUUAAAAAACGGAACAGCGAGACGUGCUUUAGUUAUAAGGAUAUCAGGGAGCAAACUCUAUUUAGUGGAAUACCAACAUCUUCUGGAGAGGCAGGAUAUAAAAGUAAGACAUGUUUUGGCGUUGUAUUUGCGUUCAUAUGAGCUGACGAACACUGUGCCUUUCAAUGUGGACGCAUUGACAAAUGGUCAACCAAUAGAACAACAUCCAACUGAAAAAGACGUAGAAGGCCCCAGCGAAAACAAUAGUACAAGCGACAGUGAAGCUGAGAUGCAAUACUUAUUUAAUCGGAGUAAGAUCACAGCAUCUGGCAAUCCGAGGGUAAAAUACCUUUCGAAUACUUGCAGAACUGAAACUAGCAAACGAUCUAGUGGCCAUAAUCCGUUUCACGAAAGACGUCGUGCCUUGACCGCAAGCACCCCAUUGCGGGGCAGAAGCCAUGAAGCACCUAAAAAAACUUACGGAACCAAAUCUACCCAAACAGAAUAUCCACCAGCAAUACACGCCAAAAUCCAAGAGUUGGAAGAUGUCUUGGUGACUUUGUACAAAAAAUUCGAACGUGUUGUACAAAAUUCGAAUCCUAACCUAGUAUUGCCCAGUUUAAUUAGACCAAACAAUGAGAAUGCUAGCGUCUCAAGAGCUCAACCGAGGUCUAGAAAUAUGGGGGCAUCAAACGCAAACGAUCUUAACGCGCUAUGUCAGCCUAGCACCAGUCGUGCAGGAUUGCAGCCGCGACAGCAAGUUAAUGAUGCCUUAUUCAGACACGCCGACGAAGCAAUGGCAGAACCGGAAAAUAAUUCUCAAAUGCAAGUAGACCCGGAGAGACCAGCGGCUGGCGGUUGUGUGGUUCGUAGGAUGUCUGCACAGACCACUAAUAACCUUGAUUCAGAUAUGGUACCCAUUGGUUUUGGAAAUACGAGGGUGUCUGCUAAGGUCCUGAACAAAAUCGAUUGGAAGUCUCACACUACUGCAACCAGACAGUUGUUGCAAGCUGUUUUUUCUAGAAAAACUCUAGCUACACAUACGCUCACCGGAAAACAAUCGCCUGCAUUUGCUAAUAAGCCGGCAAAGAAAAUUCUUGAUCCCGCUCUUGUCGAGGAUGUCGUGAAUACAGUUUCGCAGAGGUGUGGCGUACCUCCGAACUUGAUCAGGGGCGUUAUAACUAACAAGUGUCAAGACGAGUCAAGGUUGUAUCGUAUGCGCAGGGGCCGCCAAAGUCACGGUCCUAAUGAAAGCGUUGAGCUAUCGAGCUCAUCAGAUGACACCGACAAUUAAAUUUAAUUUUCUUAAUAUUACUUAUUAAAAAUUGAUAAAAAUCGGUCCAUACAACUUAAUUGAUAUUUAUCACGUGCGUUUAGUGGCUUUUAAAUAGCUUUCCAAUAACAAUAUUCCGAAGAUAUAUCCGAAAUCCAAGAAUAUUUUCGAGUAGAUCCUUAUAAAACACACGUGAGAAAUAUCCUUAAUGUUUUUACAAUGUUUUAAAUGAAAUUCGUAUGUCAUGUGAUAAUUUUAAUUAUAAUUAAUUGUAUUACUUACUUGAAUUGACUAUGUACGAUUACGUACGUUUUGUAUUUUAUUAUUCUCAUAGUUAAUCAUUAAUCCAAUGUGUCAGCUGGGAGUUUUCAGUACUUACUUUAUGGUGGUAGGGCUUAAAUGUGUCUGCACAGGAAGGUACCACUUUCCCCUGUCAAUUUUUGCUACGAAAAAAUUAUGCAUUCCAGUUUGAUAGUUGGAACACUAAUGUAAUGACUUCUACCUCAUGUCUGAAGGUGGAUGACAUUCACGUUGUAAUGUUUAUAAGCUCCACCACUUAAGGCCUGCGGGGCUGUGAGCUAGUUCACCCAUCUAUGCUAUGCAUUUGUAGUUCUAUGACCAAUAUAAUGUCUGACAGCAGCUCGGAGCAGUUAUUAUUGGCAGCAAAUCAAGAUGGCAAUUGGGAAAGGACCUAGUUAGAGUAUAUGGAAAUGAUAUUUACUAUAAGUUCAGCAGAUAAAAAAGCAAUCAAGCUUUAAAAUAUAUGGUCCUCAUGACCUAUCAAUUUGUUUUAUGAUGAAUGACUUUACAGAUUAAUGUCAUUUAAUGAGUAUCUUCUUAUUAUUUUAUAUAUGUGACAAUUUAUUAUUGGAAUUUCAUUGUUUUAUUACCAAUAUAUUAAAGAACUGACUGAUUA